AUACAGCAUGCUUUGCAUUGCAGUGGCCUUGGUGGGACUAUAAUAGCAAACUUAGUAAGAUCUUUGGGAGGACCCAAAUACGAUGGGAAAUACCUUCAUCAGGUGGUGAGAGAGAAACUUGGAGACAUUCGGUUGCAUGAAACUCUCACCAACGUUGUCAUUCCCACCUUCGACAUCAAGUCUAUGCAACCCAUUAUUUUUUCUUCCUAUCAGAUGAAGAUGUCUCCUUUCAUGGACGCUAAACUCUCAGACAUAUGCAUAAGCACCUCCGCUGCACCCACUUAUCUGCCUGCACACAAUUUCAAGAACCAAGAUUCUGAAGGGAAGAUACACGAAUUUAACCUCAUCGACGGUGGCGUUUGUGCAAAUAACCCGACCUUGGUUGCCAUGAACGAAGUUACAAAGCAAAUCAUUAAGCAAAACUCUGAUUUCUUUGCCAUCAAGCCAAUGGAAUAUAAUCGGUUCCUGAUAAUUUCAAUAGGCACUGGGACAGCAAAAAAUGAGGAAAAAUUCAAUGCUCAAAUUGCCAGCAAAUGGGGGUUGUUGGAUUGGCUAACCUACGACGGCAGCACUCCCUUAACUGACGUUUUCAGUCAGUCCAGUGCAGAUAUGGUUGACUUCCAUUUAUCUGCUGUCACUCAAGCACUUCAGUCACAGGAUAAUUACCUUCGAAUUCAGGAUGACACAUUGACCGGAACAGAUUCUUCAGUUGACAUUUCUACAAAGGAGAAUCUGGAGAAGCUUAGCGAAAUCGGUGAAAAUCUGUUGAAGAAACCAGUCUCUAGGGUGAACUUAGAGAAUGGUCUCUUUGAGCCACUCAAAAACGGGGAAACUAAU